AUGAGCAGUCUAACAGGAAAGUCAAAAUCUGAAAUGACAGAAGAGGAGCUCAAGCAACUUGAGGAACUUGAGUUCAAUACGGGUCCUUUAUCAGUAUUACAACAGUCAGUUAAGAAUAAUACACAAAUUUUGAUUAAUUGCCGGAAUAAUAGAAAAUUACUUGCGCGUGUUAAGGCUUUUGAUAGACAUUGUAACAUGGUGUUAGAGAAUGUCAAAGAGAUGUGGACGGAAACACCAAAAACCAAUAAAGGUAAGAAAGCGAAACCAGUUAACAAGGAUCGAUUCAUCAGUAAGAUGUUUUUACGUGGAGAUUCCGUGAUCCUUGUACUUCGAAAUACAGUGUAA